CAAAAGGUCAAAUACCUACACAUAAGUUACAUACAACACCAAGAUAACAACCGCAACCAAUUUAAAAUCAACUUUUAAAAUCAAAUUAUCGUUUCGUCUGUCAUUUAUUUCAAAUUUCAAUCGAAAAAAUCAAAAUGAAAAAUAAGAAUCAAAAUGAAAAGCCGGCCAAGAACACGCAAAUGUCACAAUCAUCAUCAUCAUAUUCAAAUUUGAUGCUCAUUUCCUCCUUAAUGGCUGUGAUUGUGGGUCUGGCUUCAUGCUACAUAUUCUAUUACCUCACAACACCCCCGGAAAUGCCUAACCUUGACCCUAACUAUUGGUGGGGCUCGUACCCGAUGGAGCCUGCAGUGGAUCAAUCAAUCAGGCCCUUUGAAAUUGAGUUUUCCGAUGUGAUCGUAAACGACCUCCGGGAACGUCUGCUCCACCAACGUCCAUUCACCCCUCCACUGGAGAACACAGGCUUCUCAUACGGGUUUAACACACACUUCCUCCAACAAGUGCUGGACUAUUGGAAGAACAGCUACGACUUUAAGCAGAGGGAGGCAUUUUUAAACAGAUACAAUCACUUCAAGACCAAUAUACAGGGGCUGGAUAUACAUUUUAUGAGAGUGACGCCCAAGGUUGAGGACGGAAUCACAGUAGUCCCGCUUCUCCUGCUGCACGGCUGGCCGAGUUCGUUCAGGGAGUUCUACGAGCUGAUACCAAGACUGACCGCGCCGCGCCCCGGACACAACUUCGUGUUCGAAUGCAUCGUACCAAGCUUGCCUGGAUUCGGAUACUCACAGGGCCCAUCUCGUCCCGGACUCGGCACGCCAGAAGCGGCGGUGAUCAUGCACAAUCUGAUGACUCGCCUGGGCUUCAAAGAAUACUACGUGCACGGGAGCAACGUGGGGCAGCGGGUGGGCGCCGCGCUGGCGACCAUGUACCCGCGACACGUGCUCGGCUUCCACACCAACACGCCAUUCAUCACACACCGCGCGCACGUGCUAGCUUUAAUACUCGCGCCCAUCCUGCCCAGCCUGGUGGUGGAGCCAGAGUUAGCAGACCGCAUGCUCCCUGUGUCAGACCACAUGGACUUCCUCAUUCAGGAGACGGGCUACUACCACAUACAAGCCACCAAGCCUGAUACUAUUGGCGUAGCCCUCACUGACUCGCCAGCCGGGCUAGCAGCGUACAUCCUCGAGAAGUUCUCGACGUGGACCAACAAAGACUACCGGCAGGCGUCCGACGGGAACCUGUUAGCGAAGUUCACCCUCACCCACCUCCUGGACAACGUGAUGAUAUACUGGGCCAGCAACAGUAUCACCACCUCAAUGCGGAUUCAUGCUGAGAGUGCGCGGGAGAAAUACUCGAUGGAUGAAAUCCCAACCGAAGUCCCGACGGCCUUCAUAAAAUUCCGCCACAACCUAAUCUUCCAACCCGACUGGGUGCUACGGUUGAAGUUCAAGACCCUCCUACAGUCGACCGCGGUGGAGGACGGCGGCCAUUUUGCCGCGCUCGAGAUGCCCGAUGUAAUGGCCGACGAUAUCUUCCAAGCUGUCAAUAAGUUCUUGGAAUUGCAUAACAAAGAUACGAAACCUCAAGAAAAUGUGCCAAAAGUGAAUCACGAGACAGCCAAAACCAUCUACGAGUUCACUGUCAAUGAUAUCAACGGAAGGGAAGUUAAGCUAGACAGAUACAAGGGCCACGUUACUUUAAUAGUCAAUGUCGCAUCGCAAUGUGGACUCACAGACACAAACUACAAGCAACUGAACGAACUGUACGACAAAUACGGCAAAUCCAGGGGUCUGCGUAUACUGGCGUUCCCUUGCAACCAAUUCGGUGGCCAAGAACCGGGGAGCCCUCAGGAAAUAUUCAAGUUUACAAAAGACAGAGGCGUCAAAUUCGAUUUAUUCGAAAAAGUGGAAGUGAAUGGAGACACUGCACACCCUUUGUGGAAAUUCCUGAAGCGUACUCAAGGUGGAACUAUCGGAGACUUUAUCAAGUGGAACUUCUCCAAAUUUAUUAUUGACAAAAACGGUGUACCAGUUGAAAGACUUGGACCUAAUGUGAACCCAUUGGAUUUGGAGCCGUAUUUGGCUAAGUACUGGUAAGCAAAACUAUAUUAGGGUUUUUAUAUCUACAUGUCUAUUUAUAGCUCACGAAAUGUGAUCAGUAGAUUAUAGAAUAGUGUUCGUUUUAAAUACUACCAAAGCACUACAGAGCUCUAUAUUAUAUCCUCUACAAUAAGGGUCACCAAUUGGCGGACCGCGGAUCUAUUUUAUGCGGACCCAAGAAAAAAUAAAAAUCUGCGGUAAUUCAAUGUAGCCAGCGCUUUGUUUUAUCUGUCGCUCAUCGGAUACCCACGUAACAACGGACGGAAGACGUGAGCGAGUCAACAGUGAGGUUUGAAAAGGCCACAUUAACAUUUGUUUGCAUUGCGCACUUUUAUAUGCGCAAAUGUCAAAUUGCAAUAUUGUUUUCUUAGAUGAAUUGCUCCGAUGUGAUAGUUUUGAAUUUGUCAUUAUAAAUAUUGGGUACUGGUCAUCAUCUACCGGAAAGACAGCGACAGAUGUAGGUACAUUAAUUUUUAAACGGACGCGCUAUUAAACUGGUGAAAUGUAAAUGUGGGAACCCAUAAUUUCCACAUUGUUUAAUAUGUAGCAUAAAAUACUUAAGAAAAUUCUGUGAUGUUAACAAUUGUUAGUAAAACUUAGUUCUUGGUAACAAUUGUUUGAAAGUUUACAUUUCUAGGACAAUUAUGUCAUAAAUAUAGUUAUAAGAAUUAAAGACUCAAAUCAA